AUAAUCGAAGAAGGUUUAAAUCCAUUAUAAAUUGUUGUUGUCGUUGCUAGUCAAAGACCAACCUUCAACAAUGUACAACCGACACCAACCACACUCCGGACGUCUCAUCAAAUGCAGCAGCGAUGAUAUCGUCUAUGAUUCUUGGUUGCACCAACACAAUAAUUCAAUCACUACUGAUGUUAGCCAGUCUGUUAGACUCUCAGAGCUGGGAUUACCGUUUGAUAAAUCAUGCUUUUCACCUCAAAGACUGAAUUUGUCUUCAUUCCCGUGUUCUCAGAGCGAUUAUGAAUCAGUGACGGCGCUGUCUUCUAGUCCCGAUUCACCCUCUUCAAGUGGAGACGAAGUUGGCAUCUCCAGAUUUGGAGAACCGGGAUCACGUUUUCCCGCCAAAGUACUUCCCAUCGUCCCGAAAGCAGCUGCGUCCGACGCCGAUACGCGCCGACUGCGAACGAAUCACCGCGAACGAAAGCGAAUGCGGAGUCUGAACGACGCUAUGGACAGACUUCGGAACGUCGUCCCGCAUUACCCGUCGAAACGACGUCUGAGCAAGAUGGAGACGCUGCUCCUGGCUCAAAGUUAUAUCCUGGCUUUGAGUAAUCUUCUGCAGGACAAAGGAAGCAGCGAAAAGGUGGGCAUCACUAUUCGUGCCACAGCGGCAUCACCAACAUUCAUUAAUAAAACUGAUUCCAACACGGCGUCAUCAGAUGCUGAAUUCAGAACUUUUUAG